CCUUGCACUUUUUGCGUUUUGUUUGCUUUCUCAUUCCCCUUUCUUGAUUUGUUUAUGCAUCCUCGUUUUGUCCAAUUAUACUCCAAAGAAAUGUACCAUAACCCCCACCUCUAUCCUUGUUUGCAUUGCCACCCACACAGCUACAUUAGAAUGGUUCAACAUCUUAUAGAGAGAUGCUUGCUCCUUCACAUGAGUAGAGACCAAUGCAUAAAGGCGCUUGCAGAGCGUGCAAACAUUAGGCCAGUUGUCACACUUACAGUGUGGAGAGAGCUACAGAAAGAGAAUAGAGACUUCUUUCAAGCAUACUUUCAGGCUAUACCUCCAAGACCCUUAAUGAGUAGAUAUAUUAAUCAAAGGGCACCACAAUUAGCAAGAAGGAAACAGUGGAAGCAUUGUUGAAGAUGAUUUCUGAGGGAAUAGAUGAUAUAUCUUAAGCUCAAAAUUAGCAAUUAAUUAAUGUAUUAGGGUUUUAAGAUCCUAGGUUACAGGUGAUGGUGUUUUUUUAAUUAUUUG